AGGUUGCCAGUGCAUAAAGAUCUCUGCUCCAUGCCAUAACAUAGGUGAGAAUGGCUGUGUGACAACAAGCACAGAGAGCUAAGCCUGGUAAGCAAAUCUGGCAAUGGUUAUAUGACACGGAUCAGAAGCAAAUCAGGAUGGAUAAACGAGAUUGAAACAAUAAAUCAGAAAGUGGACCACCACCCUGAAUCCCACUGCACUAUUCUUUAACUCUGUGUUUCCUCAAAUACCUUUUAUAUGUUUAUGACCUGAUCCAAAGGAGGUUAUGUAAAGUUCUCCCCUCACAGAGAGGCUGAAGAGUCAGAAUCAUGCCUGUAAGGGCUGCUGGAAGUGCAAAGAAAGGUGGAAGAAAGAAGGCAAAGAAAGCAGAGAAAAAAACAAACAAAACAGAUGAACUGGUAGUUCAGCAUAAGAGCCCACUGGUGUAUGAUGCAGAGGCAGCAAUGGAAGAACUGUUAGAGAAAUUUAAGAAGGCUCCAGAAUGCGAUACAAUGGCAAACAUCAAAAUACAACUGGCAGACUAUGAGUCUACUAAACUGAAAAAUCAACAGCUCAAUGUUCGCAUGGGCCUCUCAAAAAAGAUAUGCCGCUUUGAACUACCCAUGGAUAUGAAAGUAAUAGAAAACAUAUCACCGCAAGAAUAUUUAACAAAUUACUGCCUUGUCUGUAAAAGAAGGCAAGUGUACUACAAGAAAACCUUUGACAAAUUUGAUAAAAAUAAAACUGGACUUCUUUCUUUGAAGGACGUGGAGCGAGCUGUGCGAGAUCUGUACCAAAAUGAGAUCAAUAUUAAACAAGUCCAAGAUUUAACUGGCUUGCUGUGUAUGGAAGAGGAAACAAAGGUUGAUUUCAAGCUUUUCCUAACAUUCUGUGCCCUCUCUGAGAGAGUGUUUUACUCUUUCUUUGUAACUGAGGACACAGAAGCAGAGAGUGGAACAAAACAUGAGCUUGAGAAGGCUGAUUUCUGUUCAUUAAAAUGGAAACUCCAUGGAUGCAAUAUUGAUGAUGGAAUGAUGAACUUCUUGGGUCAUAUCUAAGGAUAUGAAAAUCCUGCACAUUGCAAUUAAAUGAACUGUAGCACUGUUUAUGGAAGACUUGCUUACUGACUGUAUUUUACACUACAAUGCCAAAGGUGCACUACAAGAAAAUGCAGAGUACAACAUUUUAAAUGUCACCAAACAAAAUAAAAGGGUUAAUAAAGUCUUCAUGAC